UUCUUCUCAUACUAAAUAAUUUCGCAAGCAAAAUUCUUAAUUCAUAUUAAUAUAAAUUUAAUUUAUCUAUAAUAAGCCUUAUUCUUUUACAUUUCUCAUUCACCAAUAAGAUACGUAAAAAUAUUAGAAUCGAUGUUGAAAUAAUCGAGCAUAUUUGGCUAUUUAAACUGCAUAAACAAAAACAUCAGCAUAACCGCAUCAAAGGGUGCAUUGGAAGUACAAAACACUGCUCGUGACGAUCAGUCAAAAAAUAUAAUUUUAAUAUUUUAACAGAUCAAAUUAAUUACAUAUGUCAUCAACACAAAAAGAACUUACUGAUGGCUCUCGAAUAGCAUCUUUUGUGGUGCUUGAUUUGGAAACAAAUGAUUUGCCGUAUCAUUUUUCUAAAAUCGCUAUUACAGAAUUAUGCAUGUAUGGUUUUUCAACUAGCGAAUUGGAAACAGCGCCACUAAAAUUUGAAGAAAUUGACAAUGUAACAUUCGAGCUCGAACGACCGCGGCAUUUGCAUAAGCUUACAAUGCUAUUCAACCCAAGGCGACUUAUACACCCAAAGGCUGAGGAAAUUACUGGAUUGAGUAAUUAUAGUCUUGAAAAGGAAUCACAUUUCGAUGAAAAUGCUGCCGGUAUUAUAACAAACUUCCUUAAGCACAUGCCACAACCAGUAUGUUUGGUCGCGCACAAUGGUGAUACGUUUGAUUUUCCGAUAGUCAAACAGACGUUCCAAAAGUUAAAUUUAAGCCUGCCAUGCGAGACCCUCUGUGUGGACUCUUUGCUUGCAUUUCGUGUUUUGGAUCAACAACUGCAAUUCGUUUCUUCACCUACCGACACAACUGAAUCCAGUAUUUGUUGUAAUGAUAAAGAGCAAUCUGUAAUAACAUCUAAUUCUGAUGACGUCAAAGAGACUCUUGUGGAUUCAAGAGCGACACUUUUAGAGCAACUUGAUGCUGACACAAAAAUAGACUGGCGAGCACGUAACGAAACAACACCUAGACGACCCAUCGUUACAGGUGUAAAACGCUCGCAUUCCGCUAUCUCAAAGAGUUUGAAUAGUUCUUUUAAAUCAAAACGAUCACUCUUUGCAAAUGUUAAGCUUGAGAAAUACCCACCCAAAGGGGUUUAUAAAUUGGAAAAUAUGUAUAAACGAUUUUUUAAGAAAACACCGAAAAAUGUGCAUUGCGCUGAAGCUGAUGUGGAGACAUUAAUGCAUUUAAUGCGUGUGUACGGUAGUAGUUUUCUUACAUAUGCAGAAGAGAAAGCUGUUCUUUUCGAAGAUAUACCACUAUUGCCCGGUAUUAUGGAAGAGAGUUUUCAGUGCAAUUACGAGCAACGCACGAUCGCUUCUUUCGUGUUGCUCAAGUUUGACACAAAUGAGGAGAUACGUUUUCAUAAAAUUGAUGCGAUUGACGAAUUUUGUAUGUACGGAAUUUCCAAUAACCAACUCGAGACGAAACCGAUAUAUAACAAACAUUGCUGUGCAAAAAAAUUAAUGAUUCCCAAAAAACCGCGUGUUCUGAAUAAGCUAUUAUUGACAAUCAAUUCCGAGCAAAAUACUGAACGGAGUGACUACCUUAGUUUCAUACAUUUCAUCAAGCACUUGCAACAACCUGUUUGCUUGGUUGCAAAUCGUGGAAAGGAUUUAUGUUUUCCAAUUAUCAAACACAAACUGGAUAAAUUUAAAUUGGAAAUGCCACCCAAUACUCUAUGCUUGGACUCUACUUUUGCUUUUCGUGGGUUAGAUGAACAGAUGACGGUCGAGCCUGCUAAAGUCAAAAUAUUUAACCAAACAAUGUUUGAAGUUUGUGUUGAACCGGUGGAAAAUGAGAUUAAUGCUGAUACUCGUAGCAGCAACAACAACAUCACCAACGCUGAUAACCGACAAGAUACUCAACUAUUGAUGACAAUACCAACACGCGCUGAACAACUUGAUGCUGAAACAAAAACCGACUGGCGCGCACAUAACGAAACCACACCUCAGCGACCGAUAGUUACGGGCGUCAAACGUCGUAUUUCGAACGAUUCAACGCCCACAACAUCUGAAGCCGCUAGGCAAAAAGUUUCUCGAAGACUAUUUACGAACGAAUUAGAGGUCAACAAGUAUGAUUUAACAAAUAUGUAUGAAAGAUUUUUUAACACUUCAUAUAGAAGAAAGCCUUAUACUGAAUCACAUGUGGAAGCUCUAAUGCGUUUAAUCCAAGUAUAUGGGGAAAGUUUUACUGAAUAUGCAAAAAAUUAUGCUACACCUUUUGCUGAAAUACAGCAAAUAUGCUUAUAGGUGCGGAAUUAUAGGAUCCUGACAGUAUUUCGGCUACACAUAACUCUUGUAUAUACAACUGUUGAUGGACCAAAUGAAUAAAAAAAAAUUAAACGCUUAGUCAUAGCUCAUAUACAUAAAUUUAUGACCCAAUAAUUUUUAUAUUUGGUACAAAAACUAAAGCUACCCAACAAAUUUGUACUGAUAAGAGCUCCAUAAAUGUGUCACCGCUAAACAAUUUUGAACGAGUUUCAAUUGUAAAAUCAUAAAAUCAUAAAUUUUUACUCUUGUAAAAAAAAAUGUUGUUGGAUUACAUACAAAAAUGUGUUUACGCAUUACAACUCUCACCGCUAUGUUAUCGAUUCGUUAUUCUUGCUACUUUAUGAGACUGAUUUGCCGAUAUAUGUAUGUAUGUAUGCAUGCGUGUUAAAUUAUCUAAUAAAUAUUUCUGUACACUUUGGCGAAAUAAGAAAACAAACAUUGUAGGAAAGGAGUUGUAAUAUUAAUUUUGUCGUUCUUUUUAUACUCUUGCA